UAGAAAACUGUGCCCUGCUGUGGCGCCGUGGCUGGAGAUGCUGCGACUGGUCGUGCUUUGCCGCCUAACGCGGCUUGGGGGCCCGGCGGUCUCCGCAGGGUGCGGUGGUCGCAGGGAGGUAGCUUCCGGUGUCCCUCCUUCGGGCAGCACCUCGCCCAGAGCCCUAAAUAUCUUCGACAGGGAAUUGAAGAGGAAGCAGAAAAACUGGGCAGCCCGACAGCCUGAGCCCAUGAAAUUUGACUACCUGAAGGAGGAGGUUGGCAGUCGGAUUGCAGACCGUGUGUAUGACAUAGCCAGAGAUUUUCCCCUUGCACUGGAUGUGGGAUGUGGAAGAGGCUACAUAGCACAACAUUUGAAUAAGGAGACUGUGGGAAAGAUUUUCCAAACAGACAUUGCAGAACAUGCUUUGAAAAAUUCCUCAGAAACAGAUAUACCUACUGUGAAUAUUUUAGCUGAUGAAGAGUUCCUUCCCUUUCAAGAAAACACAUUUGACCUGGUGGUUAGCAGCUUAAGUUUGCACUGGGUGAAUGACCUUCCUAGAGCACUUGAACAGAUUCAUUAUGUCUUAAAACCAGAUGGGGUGUUUGUUGGCGCAAUGUUUGGCGGUGACACGCUCUAUGAACUUCGGUGUUCAUUACAGUUAGCAGAAACAGAACGGGAAGGAGGGUUUUCCCCACACAUUUCUCCCUUCACUGCUGUCAAUGACCUAGGACAUCUGCUUGGGAGAGCUGGUUUCAAUACCCUGACUGUGGAUACUGAUGAAAUUCAAGUUAACUAUCCUGGAAUGUUUGAAUUGAUGGAAGACUUAAAAGAAAAAAGUCCAGAAUAUUGACCUAAUUUUACAAACAAGUUGCAUUACCAACUGAUGAAUACAUGAGAAAUUUUCAAGGCUUUCAUAGUGGUUUUAAGGUAAGUUCAGUUUUUUUAAGGCAAUAUUCAUCAUUGCUCCAGUAAUAACAUAUUAAAGUUUAUUUUUAAUAAGCAGUUGAACUUAACCUUAAAAACACUGUGAGAAACCUCAACCUUUUGGCCAAGAUCAAAUGUGAAAACACUGAGAGUCUUAAACAGUUCCCUGCCGUCUGGUCUUAUCACAAGCUCAGGUCGAGUCUGCGGUUGUAGAUGACUUUCUAGGUGGUCGACAGUCAAGCUUCCCCACAGUGUAGUAUAAGAUACUCCAUUUUAAAGAUGAAAAACUGGUUUUACUAAAGGUAGAACCAUUCUUGUCCUAGGUUAAAGUUGUGCUCCUAGGGUUCAGGUUCUCUUCAGUACUUCACAAGGAAGGUGAGGGUGUGUUCAGUGAGACAGUGUGCAUCCAAGGAAGAGUGGACUCCUGAGGCAGUGGAGUUGCUGCUGAUGCUGUGGAGUGUGCUUUUGAAUCUUCUAUAACUGAGCUGGGUCAGACCCACAGAGGUGGCAUGUGCCUAAUGAUUUUAUUUAGAAUAUGCAAACAGUGAUUGUUUGGAAAGCAUUUUAGAACAUCUAGUAGUCUCUUCUGUGCUGUAUGUGUAUUUACUGCAUGUGAUGUGUAAGGAAGCCAGGGCCAUGGAAAGCUGAACAGAAGCUAAGGUAACUGUGUCCCUCAUAGGUAAUGACCCCUAGUUUACUUUUGGUCAUUGUGUGAUUGAUAUUCACUAUGUGGAAGAAUAUUUUUACAAUGAAUAUAGAGUGGGUCUAAAAUAUUUUUUUAAGAUUUCUUUCUUCCUUCUUUCCUUC